CUCGAUUUGUGUCCAAGAUUAUCGACAGCACAAUCUUAGCUAGAUGGCGCUCAAAGCGAGCCUCGCGGCACUCUCUCUCCUCUCGCUCUCUCUCGUCCUGGCUGUGGCCUCGGCCAAGCAGGACCCGGAGCUGAAGCAGUGCCGGCACCAGUGCAAGGUCCAGCAGCAGUUCACCGAGGAGCAGAAGCGGCAGUGCGAGCAGCGGUGCGACGACUACUACCGCCAGAAGCAAGAGCGCGAGCGGGAAGAAGGCCGAGAGGGAGGUGGCCAGCGGUCUGUCGAGGAUGACCGGAAGAAGCUGAAGGAGUGCCAGCAGCAGUGUGAGAGGCGAGAGCAGAAGGGACGGAGCAGGGAGCAGUGCCAGCAGCGCUGCGUCGAGGCGUACGGACGGAAGGAAGAGGACCAGCCGGGGAAGAGGAGAGGAAAGGAGGAGGAGGAGGAGAAGGAGAAGAGAGGGAGGAAGUGGGUUAGCGAGAGGUACGAGGAGGAGGAGGAGGAAGAGGAAGAAGAACAAGAGAGAGAAGGACGAGAAGAGAGCGAUAAUCCUUACGUCUUCGAGACAGAGCACUUCAAAACCCAAUUUGAGACCGAGCACGGAAGGGACCUCGUGCUCCCCGAGUUCGGCAAGAGGUCGAAGUUCCUCCGCGGGGUCGAGAACUUCCGGCUCGGGCUGCUCGAGACCGACCCCCAGACCUUCGUCGUCCCGAGCCAUCGCGAUGCGGACGCCCUUCUCUUCAUCGUCAAGGGAAGAGGCACGAUCACGCUGGUGCGAGAGAACAAGAGGCACAGCAUCAACGUAGAGGAAGGCGACAUAGUUAAGGUCGAGGCCGGGACUCCGGUCUACAUGAUCAACAGGGACCGAAAUCAGAAGCUCGUCGUCGCCAAGCUCAUCAAGCCAGUGAACCUCCCCGGCCAUUUCGAGAAGUUUUAUGGCGCUGGUGGUCAGAACCCUGAAUCAUUCUACACAGCCUUCAGCUGGGAGGUUCUUGAAGCUGCCUUGAAGACGGAUCGGAACAAGUUGGAGAGGCUGUUCGGGCAACAGCAGCAAGGAGCCAUAGUGAAAGCCUCGAGGGAGCAGAUCGAGGCAUUGAGCGGCCGCGAGGAAGGCGGCCGGUGGCCCUUUGGCAGCGAGGAAGGGGGCCGAUGGCCAUUUGGCGGCGGGGGAGGCUCGCGCUCCUUCAACCUCUUCGACAAGCGCCCUUUCCAAGCGAACCGGCACGGCCAGUUGUACAUCGCGGAUAGAGAGGAUCUGAGAGAGCUGGAAGACAUGGACGUGAUGAUCUCCUUCGCCAACAUCACCAAGGGGUCCAUGAUCGGUCCAUACUACAACUCGAGGGCCACCAAGAUAUCCUUCGUGACCGAAGGCGAGGGCUACCUAGAAAUGGCAUGCCCUCACCUCUCUCCAUCCCAAAGGCGCGGCGGACGAAGCUCCGGCCGCCAGCACCAUCGGGGUGGCGGAGGAGGCCAGACUCAGGGCUUCCAGAAGGUGCGGGCCAGGCUGAGGCGCGGGAGCGCGUUCAUCGCCCCGGUGGGUCAUCCGGUGGCGGCGAUCGCGUCCAGGAACAGCAACCUCCAGAUCGUGUGCUUCGAGGUGAACGCGGAGAACAACGUCAAGUACCCGCUCGCGGGGAGGAGGAACAUAAUAAACCUGAUGGAGAGGGAGGCGAAGGAGCUGGCGUUCAACUUCCCGUCGAGGGACGUGGAGAGGAUCUUCAGGAGCCAGGAGGAGGACUUCUUCUUCGCCGGGCCGGAGGAGUGGCGAGAGGGGGAGAGGGGCUACGCCGACGAGUGAAGAGAGAGAGAGAGAGAGAGAGAGAUUUG